AGGUCUAGUGAGCUACUUUAGAUUGCUGUUAAAGAUGUCUUAUAUCACGAGGAACAACCUCUGUGUCCCUAAACUUUUCGAGAAAACCGUAUAUAAGAAGAGAGAUAAGAUUGCAUUUUAUUUUGAAAAUGAAUCUUGGACCUUUCUUCAGGUUGACGCUUUCAGUAAUAAAAUUGGUAAUUACUUUGCUGACAAAGGAGUGGAGCAAGGAGAUGUGAUUGGAAUUUUAAUGAAAAACAGUGUCAAGUACAUUUGCAUAUGGCUUGGACUUUCCAAGAUCGGAGCAAUACCAGCGCUUAUCAACAGCAGCUUGCGCUUAAAUUCUCUGAAGACGUGCAUCACAGUGGCAUCUUGUAAGGCUAUUAUUUAUGAAGCAGAGCUACAGCAAGCAAUUAGUGAUAUUCUAGAUGAUGAUGAUGACGAAGGAGUCUCAAGUCUUCCAUUGUAUGUGUGUGGUGCUGAUGAGAGGGAGCUGACUAUCAAAGAUUGUGUGGACCUGGAUGCUGACGUCGGUGAUGCAGCUAUCACUAGCCCUCCUCAGCUUAAGAAUAUCAACAUCACUGAUAGUAUGAUGUAUAUUUAUACCUCAGGAACAACUGGCUUGCCUAAACCUGCCAUAAUUAAACAUUCAAGGUUUCUCAACUUCACCUGCGGCGCAUAUUAUUUAGCCAGUUUCAGCCCAAGAGACGUGAUAUACAACCCGCUCCCCCUCUACCACUCUUCAGGCGGGAUAAUGGGGACUGGCCAGGCCUUGUUGUUCGGCUGCUCUGUUGUACUCAAAAGGAAAUUUUCAGCAUCAGAAUACUGGACAGAUGUCAUCAAGUAUCGUGCAACAAUUGGACUGUACAUUGGAGAGGUCGGGCGUUACCUGCUCAACACACCUAGCAAGCCGGAGGAUACUGGGCACAAGAUUCGUUUAAUGUUUGGCAAUGGUCUACGCCAAAGCAUAUGGAAGGAUUUCAUGAAGCGAUUUCAUAUACCCAAGAUCUGCGAAUUUUACGGCUCCACUGAAGGCAAUGUUAAUACAGUGAACACGAAUGGUAAGACCGGAUCUGUUGGCUUUAUUCCACUCUUUUUGCAAUCCACGUUUCACAUGGCUCUCCUCAAGAUUGAUGACGAAACACAAGAAGUUGUCAGGACUUCCAAUGGACUGUGCAUCCGCUGUAAACCUGGUGAGUGCGGUGUAUUGAUUGGAAGGAUAAAAAUGAAUCAUCCAAUCCAAGGUUUCGAAGGAUAUGUAGAUGAAGAGGCAACACAAAAAAGUAUCAUCAGGAAUGUCUUCAAAGUAGGGGACUCUGCCUUCCUUUCAGGUGAUCUCCUGAAGAUGGACAUGCGGGGAUAUUUGUACUUUGUUGACAGACUAGGAGAAAAUUUUCGCUGGAAGGGUGAAAAUAUUUCCGCUCUGGAAAUUGAGGAUGUUGUCUCGAAAUUCGCGGGUCACACUGAUGUUGCGGUAUAUGGAGUUGAGAUCCCUGGAAAUGAAGGUCGCUGCGGCAUGGCAGCCAUCGCGGACCCGGAGGGAACACUUGACUUGGCGGAACUGUAUAUUUGCAUUGAAAGGUCACUAGCACCUUAUGCCUGCCCUCUGUUUAUCAGGCUGGCUAAACAGCUGGAGAAAACUGAUACCUUCAGAGUAAAGAAGACAGUUCUUCAGAAAGAAGGUUAUAAUCCCAAUACCAUCAGUGAUCAGCUGUACUUCAAGGACUCUAGUAGUAAAGCUUUUGUUCCUCUUACAACUAGUCUUUACAAUAAAAUUAUAAAUGGAAAGAUUAAGUUGUAGUGUGUAAAGAAAACGGAGAUAGUGUUCUAAUAUUUAAGAUAUAUUAACUUAAACCUUUCCCUUGAUAAUACACAUGUUUCCUGUUGAAAAUAUACAUGAUGCGUUUGGGGGACUAGAUAGAUAUGAUAUAUUUUCUGCAUAGAAAGUGAAUUUAAAUGUUUUGCUUACCCUAUAUAACUUCACUCAAUACCUCCACAGUAUUGCUGAAUUUUGACAUUCUUGCACUAUAGAUAGUAACUUGCUUAACUAAAUGAAUUGUGGGGUUCAGUCCCUGAGCCCAUUAUGUGCCUCUGUAACCCUUUCCACUACCACCCACAAGAUGGGUAUGGGGUGCAUAAUAAAUGAACUAAACUAAACUCUUGCGCUAUCAUCUUAGACAAUCACCUCUCAUUAUAUUUAUUUCUCAUUUUAAAACGUCUUAGACAUAUCUCUACCAGUACUCGUCAGGGAAUCAUUCUUUUUGAAAUCCUGUUGUCUUCAUAUAUUCUUUGCCUAUGCCCCUGAUUAGGGGAACCUUGAUCGGUAGGCCUAACAGUCUCCUUUCCCAAGGGCAAUUAUGUAAAAUUUCAGUAUUUCUUUAACGGGUCUCGGUAGUAUAGUUGAGUUCGUUCUCGAUUCACAAUCUGGGAUCUCGGGUUCGAAUUUCGCGCGGGAUUCACCUAGCAGUAAAUAGGUUCCCAGGAGUUAGCUGUUGUGGAGUUGUAUCCUGGGAAGUGUUAAUAGUUCGACCAGGAGCCUGACAACUAAGUGGACAGCGCUUCGGGUUCGUAGUCCUGAGGUUCAGGGUUCGAUCCCCGGUGGAGGCGAA